AAUGAUGUGUGCCACUCAGGGAAGUGGAACUGCUCACUACCCGGAAGAAGGCUUCUGUUGAAAGAUGAUGAAGAGAAACUAAAGAACUCACCUUUCAGGAGCCAUGGCUAACACAACAAUGUCUGGCAUUACUGUGGCUGCCAGCAGUCCCAGUAACUUCACCACUGUUGUCACCACAGCCCAGCCUAGUUUCAUUGAAGGCCUUAUUAAUAAAAUUCCAUUACCAAGAUGGGCUCUCAUAGCCAUUGCAAUUGCAGUGGGCCUAGUCCUCCUUCUCAUCAUCAUCUGCAUCAUCAAAUGCUGUUGCUGCAAGAAGAAGCGCAAGAAAAAAGAGAAACUCAACCUGGGUAGCAUCAAUGGCUCCUCCACCACAGUCAGUCUGGUCCAGCCUGAGAUGGAUGACAUAGAGUGUGGACUUGAUGAGAAACGAGGACGGCUGCAGUAUUCCCUGGAAUAUGACUUCCGUAGCCAAGAGAUGAAGGUUGGUGUGAAGCAGGCAGCAGAUCUGAAGGCCAUGGACAGUGGAGGUACUUCCGACCCUUAUGUGAUUGUAUAUCUGACAUCUGAUAUAAGGAAAAAAUAUGAAACAAAAGUUUACCGUAAGACACUCAACCCAGUUUUCAAUGAGAGCUUCGUUUUUCAGAUACCCCAGGCAGAUGUAGCUGAAAACACACUGGUGAUGCAGGUGUAUGAUUUCAACCGCUUUUCCAAGCAUGACAUCAUUGGUGAGAUGCGCUUGCCUCUGGGUGAUGUGGACCUGCAGCAUGUCAUGGAGCAAUGGCAUGAGCUCACUGCAGCUAGCAAGAUUGAGCAAGAGCACCUGGGGGAGAUUUGCUUUUCACUCCGUUAUGUCCCCAGCACCAGCAAAUUAACCGUAGUCAUUUUGGAAGCCAAAAAGCUCAAGCGGAUGGAUCCAAAUGGAUUGUCAGAUCCCUAUGUCAAAGUGCAACUUAUUCUGAACAAGAAGAAGUGGAAGAAAAAGAGGACGAGUGUAAAGAAAAAUACUUUAAGCCCCUACUUCAAUGAGGCAUUUGUUUUUUAUGUGCCUUUCAACUUGAUCCAGAAUGUUGACCUGGUGAUAUCCAUCUGGGAUCAUGACAAAGUGACCAAGGAUGACCAGAUUGGAAAAUUGUUCCUUGGCUGCCGAGCGACAGGCAACCAGUUGCGCCACUGGUCAGAUAUGUUGGCCAAUCCUCGCAGGCCUGUGGCACAGUGGCACAGCUUGCAGCCUGUGGAAGAUGUUGACAAAACUUUGGGACUGAAGACACGCUUCAAACUGCCACUACCCAAUAACUAAGAAAACCCAGUCAUAACAAAGAGGUUGUCCCUAAUUCCUUUUUGCUUGAAGACAGCACUUUCUUCUUUUUGGAUGUAAGACCUGGUGAUACAAGUCACUAUACAACAACAGGACAAAUUAGAAUGUAGCUAGAAAGUAUACUGUGGAAGAGAAUUAAAUAUCUCUGACCAGUCAAAGAGCAUUUACCAAAUGUGCCACACCAAUCCUGAACACCAAAGCUUGUGUUCACAAUCUGAUCUGUUGUAAUGAAUCUAUCCUUUCACCUCAGUGGAGAGAAGUACACAAGAUGGAGAGGUUUGUAUAUAUUAUGCAAACCUGAAUUUAAUGUGCUAACAUGAGGUAGGGAGAGCAGCAUAUGGACAUGUGUAGAGUAUAUAUUCACACCAGACUCAAGUGGAAAGAGAGAAACCUGGAACUAAACAUAGUUGCAGCCAUGCUAAUUGUUCUUAUUAAUAAUUUUUUUUAAAAAAGAUUGCAGUUCAGGCUGUAUAGACCAGCUGUCCAGGAAUGCUGCCAACACAGACACUCAGACGGCUGAUAAGAGACUGCUGGGCAAGAUAAACAUGCCAAGCUGCCAGCAGCAGUUCCUCCUGAAAGCCAAACAAUGUCCAAUAGACUAAGCCACUAGCCAGUCCAAAGUUCAGGAUUGCACAGAGCCACACUACCAGU